GGGACACCUUCUCUGCAGGCGUAGGUGCAGUAAUUUCGUUUGGGGGUGUCUGAGACCCCCAGAACCAUGACUUCUUCACAAAGCAUGUCCAGUCUUUUUGUAUCUGUAGUCACUGUUACUAUUUUACUACAAUGGCGGUAGGAUUUUGUUGUGUGUUGGAUAAGAGGUCCGUAUAACAGUUUAUUGUAAAAUUAAUCGUCUAUUUUCAUGUACUAAAUUUUCUGCAUGAACGUUGCUAUCGGUAGUGAUGUCCUCGUACACAUUUAACCAAAAAAUAUUUACACCGAUUCCUCCCGAGAAAGGAAGUUUUCCGCUCGAUCAUGAGGGAUCCUGCAAGGAGCUUAUGAUCAAGUAUAUGCGCUGUUUGUUUCAAAAUAAGAAUGAGAAUACAAUGUGCAGAAGCGUAGCAAAAGAAUACCUUGCUUGCCGAAUGGAUAACGAGCUAAUGGUGCGAGAAGAUUGGUCCGCUCUUGGUUACUCUGAUGAGGUCAAGGAGACAUAACAACAGCGAUUUAUUACUAAUCGAUUUGCGCGACAUAGUAGAUUUACGAACUUUCCUGCUGAUUAUUGUAUUUGUUUUACCUUGAAAAAGAGAUUAACAGAUUUUACGGAUAAAUUUUUAGAUAAUAUAUACGUAUAUAUGUGUUUAGAAAUUAUAUGUAUACAUACUUUUAUUUAAUACGAUUGGCGAAUGGUGAUUAGACAGUAUGAAAUAGUGAGUUUCAUUAAACACAAAUUAAAGUGAUUCCAGUGCAGUGGACAGAUUU